AUCUGUUGGUAUCAUACUGUUACUUCAUUGUGAUAAUUAACUGUGUAAAAUAUAACUCUGUAGGCCUUUCUCCUAAAUGCAUAUCUGAACAGAAAUAUAAAAAUAGGGGAAUGGGCAGAUGGGGAAUUAAGCUGAGGGGUCUACCCCACCUUCUCUACCCCCACCACCGAACUGCGAACUGCCCCGCCAUCUUUUCUUCCUGUGACGUUAGUCCCGUAGUCUCUGUCCCGUACCCUUGUUUCACUUUCACGCAAAAACCUACUACCAACGAGACAUCCGGGUCCUUUCGAGCUUGCAAACAAACUACCCCUGAUUCGCGCGUAAAGAUACCUAACCUACCUACAUACAUACGUCCAACCAGUCCUUCACCUAGGCAUUACGACCAUGGCGCCCAAGACAAUAAUAGCGCCCUCGAUCCUGUCGGCCGACUUCGCCCAGCUAGGUGCCGACUGCGCGAGGACUAUGGAGCAGGGCGCCGACUGGCUUCAUGUCGAUAUCAUGGACGGCCACUUCGUACCGAAUAUCACGUUCGGCGCGCCCGUCGUGGCUAAGAUUCGGAGUUACGUCGAUAAGCCUACCGAGAGCCACGGGCGCGGGACGUUCGAUUGCCAUAUGAUGAUUUCCGAGCCCAAGAAAUGGGUCAAAGAUUUCAAGAAGGCUGGCGCUGACCUAUACUGCUUCCACUACGAAGCCGCCUUCUCGAGCGCCGCCGAGAGCCCCGAGGAUAAGACGGACGAGAAGACGAACCCGAAGGACCUGCUGCGGUAUAUACACGACUGCGGCCUGCUUGCCGGUAUUGCGCUGAAGCCCGCUACGGGCGUCGAGGUUUUGACCGAGCUGCUCGAGAGCCCGGAUCCGAAGGAGCGGCCUGAUAUGGUCCUCAUCAUGACGGUCGAGCCCGGCUUCGGCGGCCAGAAGUUCAUGGCGUCGGAACUGCCCAAGGUGCAGGCGCUGCGCAAGAAGUACCCGGACCUGAACAUCGAGGUCGACGGCGGCGUGGGCCCCAGUACCAUCGACCAGGCGGCGGACGCGGGCGCCAAUGUUAUCGUUUCGGGGAGCGCUGUGUUCGGGGCUCAGGACCCCGCGGAAGUUAUCUCGUUGUUGAGGACGACCGUCGAUUCGAGGUAUGGGAAGCUGUAAGAGGGGAAAUGGAAGAGGCAUGGAUGGAUAGGCAUGGCGUGUGUGUGUGUGUACUUAGCGGCUUGAUAGCUGGGCGUGGGACGUUGGAUAGGGAACAGCUGGUAUAUACUCGUAGAGAUGAACAUAAGCAUCCAAUUACUCCAA